AUGCCGCCGCCAGCCGAUUUGUGCGACAGUUGUGGCCGCUCGCUCGCAGCAGACGAGCCGCGGCAGCGCUGCAGCGACGAGCGAUGCGACGAGCUGCGACGCUGCCGAGCUUGCGCCGGCGAGCGCUGCCCGAGGUGUGGCGGCGAUGACUCGCUCUUUGUCGAUGAGGCAUCUCCGCUCGCGCUGCGCCGGCGCGUCUUUGCCGAGGCGUUUGCGACACAGGCCGGCGGCUCGGAGGCCGUCGACCCGCGGCUGCUGGUCGCGCGUGCCUUUGCUGCCUACGCCGGCCGGCCGCUGCUCGGCGAGCCGCGAGCCGACGGCAGUGUCCGGUGGUGGAGCUAUGGCAGGUGCGGCGCUGCGGCGCGCGCACUCGGCGACGAGGUGAGGCGGCGGUGCGGCGGCGGUGGAGCAGCGGUCGUCAUCUGCGCCUCCAACAGCGCCGGCUGGCUUCUUGCGGACUGGGCCUGUGCGCUGGCGCAGCUGGCCUUCCUGCGCGAGGUGUUUGGCGGCGCCGGCUGUGCCGUGUCGAACGGGUGGCGGGAUGAGCGGGGUGGCGGCGCGGCGCGGCUCGACGCCGACGGCUGGUUCCGCACCGGCGACAUCGGCCGGCUGCUCGAGGUAGUUGAUCGGCUCGGCUUCGCGGUCAAGCUGAGCAACGGCGAGUGCUUGCUCUUUGCUCGCGCGGGCGACGCGGCGGCGACUGCGGUGGUUCUGCUGAGGCGGGAGGCAGUCGCGACUCCCGCCGCAGCGCGGCUGCAGGCCCACGAGCUGCCGUGUGCCGUGGCUAUCGACCCCGGCCCCGACGCCGAGGCGGCGGCGCUGUUUCCCGCCGACCUCGCCGCGAGCAGCGGCUGGUUCGAGGCGCUGGGCGGCGACAGCGUGGCGGCGGUGGAGGUGGUGCACGCAUGGGAGGAGCGGCGGGGCGGGCGUGCAGGCGAGACGUUCCAAAACCCGUGGCAGCUGCGGCGCAAGACGCGGGCGCUCGAGGGCGGCACCGCAGGCGCUGCGGAGGGCGACGCCGCGGAUCCGAUGCCGCCGGCCGCCCUAGGCGCCACCGGCACGCUGGGUCCGCGCCUGCUCGCGUCGCUGCUCGCCGACGGCUGGCCGGUGGUUGCGGUGCUGCUGCGAGGCGAGGCUCGGCGCGUCGCCACCGCGGGAAUCGGCAGUGACGACCGCGUGCGCCUCUUCCGCGCCGACCUCGCCACACCCGGCCUCGGCCUCGCCCCGGCCGACCGCGCGGCGCUCAGCCGGCUAGACGUGCGCGCGGUCGUGCACAGCGCCGCCGCUCUCGACCUCGGCCGGCCGUACGCCGCGCUGCGCGCAGCCAAUGUCGGCGCCACCGCGGCGCUGGUUGACCUCGUCAGCCGCGCCGGCCGGCCGCCCCCCCUCUUCCUCUUCGUCUCCACGCUGUCCGUCAUUCCGGUGGCGUCCGCUGCCGCCGCCGCGGGCUGGCGGGCCGAGUCGGGCGAGGAGCUCGUGCCGCCGGCGUGCGCUGCGGCGCUCGAGACGGGCUACGCGCAGAGCAAGCUGCCCGCGGCGCGUGUGGACAUGCCCGUGACACGUGUCCAUGACAUGUCCGAGACAUGUCCCGUAGGCAAGCUGCUCGCGGAGCACUUGCUC